GGUAAACGUGGUGGCGGAGCAGGUAGAGGUGGUCGCGGCGGCGGACGUGGUGGAACACCAGGCCGUGGAGGCCCAGGUGGAUUCAAUGGAAGGGGUGGCGGUGGUAGAGGUUUCAGAGGAGGUCGUGGAGGCCGUGGCGGCAGUGGUUUUGGUGGUGGCCGUGGCGGCGGUGGGUUUGGUGGUGGCCGUGGCGGCGGUGGCUUUGGUGAUGGCCGUGGCGGUCCUAACAAUCGUUUCCAGCGACCAGGUGGCAAUAGACCCUUUGGAAGAGGUCGUCAAUCAAUGUAGAAGAUUUUGGCUACCUUCCCCAAACCAUUUUGUGUAUUUGUACAUUACGUUUAAACCUGUCUCCUUUAACCACAAUAUACGAUAUUUCUGA